AUGGGUGUGACAAGCACUGUCUGCGAAAUACCCCCACGGAACCGCAAAUCCACCCAGCUGGCCGUCGGAUGGAUCUUCAUUGUCUUGACGACUUUAGCCCUGGGUCUCAGACUCAUGGCACGACCGCCGCUGUCUGCUUCAUUUGGUAUUGAUGAUGGGAUUGGAAUUGGUACAUAUGUGCAGUUGCUCUCGUGCACGGCGUUGGUGGACAUGAUCCUUAUGAUCCAGGGAGCAAACCUAGGCUGGGGAACAGACAUGUGGGCGCUCCAGGCUGAACAAAUUAUCCUGCAGAUGAAGGUAGAUGCUAACCUCCAACCCAUCUUUAUCCUCUUCACUAACAACAGUACCCUUUGCCAGCUCUUCUACGCCGGCAUCAUAGCCUUCUAUCUCUCUGUCUCCCUCGCAAAACUCUCCAUCCUCUUCUUCUACCUCCGCAUCUUCACAACAGACACAUUCAAGCGCAUCGCAUACACAAUGAUCUUCUUGUGCUCUGCUUAUGGAGUCGGGUCCGUGGUGACCAGUAUACUCGACUGCAUGCCGCCGUCGUAUUUCUGGACUCGGUUUGAUGGCGUUUCGACCGGGUACUGUGUCAGUAAGGCAGCCUUCAAGGUCAUACCUCCUGUCAAUAUCGCACUCGAUGUGGUGGUUAUGGUUCUGCCGUUGCCAUUGCUGGCGAGACUGAAUUUGCCCCUGCAGAAGAAGAUCAGGGUGCUAAGUAUGUUCUCGAUGGGCGUGCUGAUUAUCGUUGCAGAUAUCCUCCGAAUCACACACCUCUUUCACUCUAUCACGGCGUACAAUAUCACCUACAAUGGCGGCGAGCUCUCCUACUUCGGUGUCAUUGAGUCCGGUGUGGGCGUCAUCUGCAUCUGCAUGCCAGCUAUCGCAGCACUCUUGAAGAGGGUUCUACCGCAGUGCUUUGGCUCGUUGGCAAAACGGUCGUAUCUGUAUCGCACCAUUAACAGUCGCAGUAAUACUGAGUUUGGCGCGUCCCGUUCGCGCUCGCAGCGGGGCGCAAUACAGCCGAGUGCAUAUGCACAUACGAACCCCAAUAAUCCGGUUUCCUUCUCAGCCAUUGCUUGGGGCGCCAGGGAAGAUGAGAGGGAUGGAGAUGGAAAUACGAGUGAUAUACACCUGACGCUGUUACCGGCCACUGAAAUUGCAGACGAGAGGAUACAGAGGCCGCAGAAGGCUUUGACUUCUAGAUAA